AUGGCUGCGUCCUCUUCCCGCUCGAUGGAAUACCUGGAAAGUCUGCCAGGAACAGUCUUCCGCAGACUCUACCAGCAACCAUCCACAGCUCUAGCAAUCUUCCGGCGAAUGUUGCCGUACCUGGCAAAAUGCUUCGUCAUGGCGCUUCUAUACCUUAAGGAUCCCCUCCCUGCAGCAGAUCUAGAACUAUGGGUGAAGGCCGAGAGCAAACGGGCAUAUACUGUUACGGAUCCGUUCUCGUCAUCACUUCGACAGGCUCUUACAGGAGGAGAUAAACAACAAUCUUUUGGAGUCCCGUCCUUAACCGACGAUGAAAACUCUAUGACCGUUGCUCAACUUGACUACUAUGCAAGAAGUCAGUGGGAAGGCGUUCUAGGUUAUAUGGUUGGAACUAGCGCUCUGGGAGUACAGCAGGCAGUCACGUUAAGUAAGGGUGUCAAACAACUUCUCCAAGCCUGCCAUCUCGUGGAAGUCCGCGACCGAAGAGUUGAAAUCACAAAGGAUGGUUUCGCCUUCGUCCUACAGGACCUUAACACCCAAGUCUGGCACAUCUUAAUCCUCUACGUCGAAAAUGCAGAGCAAAUAGGCAUGGACAGCAUCGAAGUUUUAUCUUUCCUCUUCGUCCUCAGCAGCCUCGAACUCGGGCAAUCAUAUGAAAAAAAACAUCUCACAUCCACUCAACUCAAGACCCUGGCUGAUCUUACUGAUUUCGGCAUUGUAUACCAACAUUCUCCGCACCAAGAAGCAACUCGUUUCUACCCUACCCGCCUAGCCACAACCCUAACCUCCGACUCUAUAACCCUCGGCAGCUCCAUCUCGAGCAGCUUAACCGCGCCCAACGGAGUGCCCAGCGCAACCUCCAACGAACCCUCAACAGGCUUCAUAAUCAUAGAAACAAACUACCGUCUAUACGCGUAUACCUCAUCCCCACUCCAAAUCUCAUUAAUCGCCCUCUUCACAAGUCUAAAAUAUCGCUUCCCCAACCUCAUCACAGGCAAGCUGACACGUCAAUCCGUCCGACGCGCCGUGGAAAUGGGCAUCACGGCCGACCAAAUCAUCUCAUAUCUAACCACCCACGCCCACCCGCAAAUGCGAAAGUACCACGCAACGAAGCCCGGCGCGAACCCCGUCGGCGUACACACCGUUCUCCCGCCUACCGUUGUUGAUCAGAUCCGUCUCUGGCAGCUAGAGCGGGAUCGAAUAAAAGCUACGCCAGGCUUCUUAUUUAAGGACUUCGUUAGCCUAGCGGAAUUUGAGGGCCCGUGCAGAUAUGCAGAGGAAAUUGGGGUUUUGAUCCAGCGGAACAUGGACAUUGAACAUAUGUUCCAUUCAGAUUAUACCCCAGAUUCCGGUUUUUCGCAGUGCUAA